ACCUGCACUCAGUGUGGAAAGAGUUUCAGCCAAUCAUCAUCCCUUAAUCUACACAUGAGGAUCCACACUGGAGAGAAACCAUUCACAUGCACUCAGUGUGGGAAGAGUUUCAGCCAAUCAUCAUCUCUUAAUCUACACAUGAGGAUCCACACUGGAGAGAAACCAUUCACAUGCAAUCAGUGUGGGAAAUGUUUCAGCCAAUCAUCAAACUUAAAUCAACACAUGAGGAUCCACACUAAAGAGAAACCAUUCACUUGCACUUAUUGUGGGAAGAGUUUCAGCCUAUCAUCAUCCCUUAAUAUACACAUGAGGAUCCACACUGGAGAAAAACCAUUCGCAUGCACUCAGUGUGGGAAGAGUUUUAGCUGUUUAUCACACCUUAAUCACCACAAGUGGAUCCACACUGGAGAGAAACCAUUCACAUGCUCUCAGUGUGGGAAGAGUUUCAGCCAAUCAUCAUCCCUUAAUAUACACAUGAGGAUCCACACUGGAGAGAAACCAUUCACAUGCACUCAGUGUGGAAAGAGUUUCAGCCAAUCAUCAUCCCUUAAUAUACACAUGAGGAUCCACACUGGAGAGAAACCAUUUACAUGCACUCAGUGUGGGAAGAGUUUUAACUGCUCAUCACUCCUUAAUAAACACAUGAAGAUCCACACUGGAGAGAAACCAUUUGCAUGCACUCAGUGUGGGAGGAGUUUUAACUGCUCAUCACUCCUUAAUAAACACAUGAAGAUCCACACUGGAGAGAAACCAUUUGCAUGCACUCAGUGUGGGAAGAGUUUCAGCCACUCAUCGUCCCUUAAUCGACACAUGAUGCGCCACACAGGAGAGAAACCAUUCAUGUUUAAUCAUUGCAGGAAGAGUUUCAGCCAAUCAUCAAACCUUAAUCUACACAUGAGGAUCCACAAUGGAGAGAAACCAUUUACAUGCACUCAGUGUGUGAAGAGUUUCAACCAAUCAUCAAACUUUAAAAAACACAUGAGGAUCCACACUGGAGAGAAACCAUUCACAUGCACUCAGUGUGGGAAGAGUUUCAGCCAAUCAUCACACCUUAAUAAACACAUGAGGAUCCACACUAGAGAGAAACUUUUCACAUGCACUGAGUGUGGGAAGUGUUUUAGCCAAUCGUCAUCCUUUAAUCUACACUUGAGGGUCCACACUGGAAAGAAACCAAACAACGCAUGCUCAAACUCUAGUGUGAACGCAGCUUCGGUGUGGGAUAAGUUUUAGCAACUCCUCAGACCUUAAUAAACAUAUGAAGACCCACUGGAGAGAAAUCAUUCACAUGCACUCAGUGUGAAAAGAGUUUUAACCGAUCAGCAAACCUUAAUGAACUUAUAAAGAUCCACACUGGUGUGAAAGAGUAUGUGUGCUUGAGUGUGUGAAGACUUUACUUACAGUGCCAAAAUUGAACCAGACGAUUCACACUGUGACAAGAGGUUUAACCAGUUAAUACAUCUCACAACACAAAAGAUUAUUUACACUGGAGAGAAACCGUACAGACCUAAUCAGUGUCUACAGAGUUUCGCUUA